AUGGUUUUUGGAAGAAUUGAUACCAGAGUCAGUGAAAUUAAAGGAGUUAGAGUUUCAUAUGAUAGCGAUUUAUUGUUUAUCCUUUUAGGAUUUAAAUUAGAUCCUAAUUUUAUCUUUAAAGCCAAUUUUGCUUAUCGUCGUAGGGCUAACUUUGUUUUAAUCGAGCAUCCCUUUAGUAAUACAACGGAGGAAGUUAAACAAUUUUUUAAAGGAUUAAUAGAUGGGAUAAAAAAUAAGGAAAAUUUAGAAGAAAUUUGCCAAUCUAUUGAAAACAGUCAAUUUUAUAAGGAUUAUAAAAAGAAGUUAAAUGACGGUCAAUUGAUAGAAUUAUCAACCAAGGCACAACAAUUAGAGAUAGAAUUAUUAACUGAAAGAGUAAAUAAUGCUAAUUUGCAACAAGAAGUAGUUCAAUUGCAAAAUGAAUUAAAAAUAGGGAGAGAAAAAACCGCCGAAACUAUAAAAAAAUUGAAAAAAAGGAUAGAGAAGUUAGAGGUUGAAAAAACAGAAAAUAUUAAUUUGGAAAAAGAACACUUAUUCUACAAAGAUAUUUAUUGUGAAGCUAGUCAAGAAACCGAACAAAUUUCUUUCGUAAAAAAGCAACUAAAUAGGGCUAAAGAAAAUUUGAAGGAAAAACUUAGUGAAAAAGAGUUAGAGUUAAUUUUGGAGAAGCAGACAAAAAUUACCGAAUUAGAAAAUAAAUUAAAUAGUUUAAGAAUUCAAGAGGUUCAAGGGUCUCAGAUAGAAAUUCCUCCUAAAUAG